AUGCCAAAACCGGGCAACAGAGAGCAGAAGGGGGGGGGGGGGGAUGAUGAAGUUUGUCCAAACGCCGCGUCGGGUCAGCCGAAGCGAUUGGGCGGACGUCACUUCCAGCGGCUGGGUGGAACUGCACCUUUUGGGACGGGCGCCCGUCACGAAGAGGAACGAAAAGAGGGAAAAGGACACGUCGAGAGAAAAGACACGCUACUGGCUACGGAGAGGGUCUCCUCGAACGACAACGCAACGGGGGAGGGGGGAGAGUUGACCGUUUCACGCCUCUAUCGAAUAAGCUUUGCGAGCGCCGCCACCAAUUGGCGGGAAAGUCGGGGACCUGGACUGGCAGGAUGGUCGAUGAACCCCAACGGCCGCGGAGGACGGGAGAACAUCAAUGGGAUCACCCUGACAGACUACAGCCCGGACCAGUGGAAAGCCUUGGAAGGCUACCGAGAGCACGAAACAUCUCGUGCAUCCCUCGAGACUCGACCGAUCGGGGUGACGGACAGACGCAUAUCUGAGUUGCAAUGUGAGAUUGAUAUCCUCGCUGUUUCAAAUGCAACCACCACGGUCAGCAGGGAAGUAUCGUUGUACCUCACGUGGCUACUAUUAGGCACCAAGGCUGUCACUCCACCACACACGCACAAGAACUGCAGUACUGCACUCUCAUCUAUUCGAGCAGAGGGGGGUGAUACAGUCCCCGGCGAGGUCCAGUCACGCGAAUUAUAG